UCGCGUCUCGCGUGUAUAAAUGCUCCGGUGCUCGGCCUCCUCCUCUCGCACCGCGUCCCUCCUCUCCUCUCCUUCUCCUUCUUCUCCUUCGGGUGAGCCGGUGAGGUGGUAGUCCAUUGCUGCGGCAGCCGGCGGCGGCGACGACGACGGGCACGACGCGGUGAGAGGUUUCUUGGCUCUUGCUGGGAGUGAGCAAGUGCGGCGAGAUGUUGGAGAAGAAGGCGACCAGGGGGGAUGGGUUCAGCGGCGAGGAGGUGAUCGCCGAGUUCGAGCGGCUGACGCGCGACGCGGCCAUUGUGCAGCGGGACACGCUGCGGCGGAUCCUCGCCGAGAACGCCGGCGUCGAGUAUCUCCGGGGGCUGGGCCUCGCCGGCCGCACCGACCCGGACAGCUUCCGGGCAUGCGUGCCGCUCGCCACCCACGUCGACCUCGAGCGCUACAUUGAGCGCAUCGCCGACGGCGACACCUCCCCCGUCCUCACCGCCAAGCCGGCCACCUCCAUCUCCCUCAGCUCCGGCACGACGCAGGGGAAGCGCAAGUACCUUCUGUUCAACGAGGAGCUCGUCAAGUCGACGAUGCAGAUAUACCGGACCUCCUACGCUUUCCGGAACAGGGAGUUUCCAGUGGAGAACGGGAAGGCGCUGCAGUUCAUCUACAGCAGCCGGCAGUUCACGACCAAGGGCGGGCUGACGGCGACGACGGCGACGACGAACGUGUACCGGAGCGAGGAGUUCAAGGCGACGAUGAGGGACAUCCAGUCGCAGUGCUGCAGCCCCGACGAGGUGAUCUUCGGACCGGACUUCGCGCAGUCGCUCUACUGCCACCUCCUCUGCGGCCUGCUCUUCGCCGGCGACGUGCAGAUCGUGUCCGCCACAUUCGCGCACAGCGUCGUGCUCGCCUUCCAGACGUUCGAGCGGGUCUGGGAGGAGCUCUGCGCGGACAUCCGCCGCGGCGAGGUGUCGCCGGCGCGGGUCACGGCCCCCGCCGUCCGGCAGGCCAUGUCGUCUCUCCUCGCCGCGCCCAACCCCGGCCUCGCCGACGAGGUCGCCCGCAAGUGCGCCGGCCUGAGCAACUGGUACGGCGUGAUCCCGGCGCUGUGGCCCAACGCCAAGUACGUCUACGGCAUCAUGACGGGCUCCAUGGAGCACUACGUCAAGAAGCUCCGCCACUACGCCGGCGGCCUGCCGCUGGUCGCCGCGGAGUACGGUGCCUCCGAGGGCUGGAUCGGCGCCAACGUCGAGCCCGGCACGCCGCCGGAGUGCGCCACGUUCACCGUGCUGCCCGACAUCGGCUACUUCGAGUUCAUCCCUCUCAAGGCCACCUCGACCGCCGCCGGCUGCUACGCCGAGGCGGCGCCCGUCGGGCUGACGGAGGUCGCCGUCGGCGAGCUCUACGAGGUCGUGAUGACCACCUUCGCAGGGCUGUACCGGUAUAGGCUGGGAGAUGUGGUGAAGGUGGCAGGGUUCCACAACGCGACGCCCAAGCUCAAGUUCGUGUGCAGGAGGAACCUGAUGCUGUCCAUCAACAUCGACAAGAACAGCGAGCAGGACCUUCAGCUGGCCGUGGACAGCGCGGCGAGGGCGGCGCUCGCCGGCGAGAAGCUGGAGGUGGUCGACUACACCAGCCACGCCGACAUGUCGUCGGACCCGGGCCACUACGUCAUCUUCCUGGAGCUGAACACCGACGCCGGCGCCGUCGACGGCGAGGUGCUGCAGGCGUGCUGCGACGAGCUGGACAGGGCCUUCGUGGACGCCGGCUACGUCGGGUCGAGGAAGACCGGCGCCAUCGGCGCCCUCGAGCUGCGCGUGCUGCAGCGGGGUACCUUCCAGAAGGUGCUCCGCCACUACCUCUCCCUCGGCGCCCCCGUCAGCCAGUUCAAGUCGCCCCGCUGCGUCUACCGCUCCAACUCCGGCGUCCUCCACAUCCUCGCCGGCAGCACCACCAACGUCUUCUUCAGCACCGCCUACGACUGACUGAUCGACAAGUGAAAAAUCGCAAAGUGAUGAACUGGGCAUGCAAGAUGAGCGUAGUGUAGCUUAGAGAUCUAGUUAAGAGUGAUCAGCGAGCAAGCAUGCAUGCAUGCAUGCAUGCAAGCAAGCUAGUAGGUGCAGUGGUCACAGCGGUUCGUCAGAAAGGAUAAGGGGAAUUCAGGAUCAGAUCGUACCCUGUAACCUGCAAUCUUGCGUGCAGGACUGCAGAUGCAGGUGUCACUAGUUCAAGUGGCCACCGGCCAAACAAUGUGUGUAUAUACCUGUCUACCAUGGAUGCAUGCAAUGUCGUCCCAGCUUUCAAAUAAACCUUUCUCCCCAUGUUCAUAUGUCUCAA